AUGGAAAAUAUUGAAAAUUUUGUUUAAAACUUUAAUGUAAUAAAAAAACUUUAAAUCAAAAAAAACAAAAAAAAAUAAAAGAUAGAAGUUACUUAAAUAGAUGAAAGAGAAAAUGGCGUUGUAUAUUAUAAAAUGGAAUGUGAAUUAAAAGACAAUAAUAAAACUUGGUAAUUGCAAAAAAGGUUUGCAGAAUUCGAAGAACUCCAUUUAAAAUUGACAAAAUAAACAUUAAACCUUCCAUAUUUACCCCCGAAAAGUUUAUUUAAAUUGCAGUAAUCAGACUUAAAAAAGAGAAAAACAGAUCUAUAAAAAUAUUUAAGAGCAUUAAUAUUAAGACCAGAUAUACGAUCAAAUGAAACGUUCACAUAUUUUGUUUAAUUAGACAAAUAUACAACAGUUCAAAAGCCCUUAAGCUACAAAUAAUUAGGUUAAAUAAAUAAUUUACCUAUGAAUGUUUAGGAUAUACAUUAUGAAGAUAAUUAAGGAGUAAUAUUAGUAUCAAUAGGAGAAAAUAAUUUAAAAUAAAAAAUAACAGGAUUCCUAAAUAACUUUUUUGGAAAUAUAAGUUAAAAAUCAUAAGAAGUUUAGGGAAAAGUUAUUUGCUUUAAAUCUAAAAAUCCUUAUGUUUUUGAUUUCUAAAAAUAAUGGGAAAUAGAUUUAUUUUCAUGUCCGUAAGUUAUGGCUUAUGAUGAAAAAUUAAGUAUUUUAGCAGUUGGGCUUUAUAAUGGAGAUAUUUAAUGCUAUAGAGUUUAAGUAGAAAAAGGAUAUUAGGGAUAUGAAGAUUAUUGUAUAAUUAAAAGACAUACUGAAGAAAUUACAGGAAUUCAUAUUGAUUUUAGUAAUGCUUAGGUCUAUUCGAUUUCUAAAGAUAAGUCUUUGGUUAUUACUAAUAUUUCUAAUAGUGAUCAAUAAUUUAGAGUUGAUGAAAAAAUGCUUGAAAAUUAAUUAACUGCUUUAUGUUUAGACAGUAUUAAUGAAAGAAUAUUUUUAGGAGAUAGUGUUGGGAAUAUAUUUGUUUAUUCAUCUAUUCACCCUUAUUAACAUAUAAUAAGUUUCAAAUCCGAAUAUUAUAGUACCAUUUCUUCUAUUUAUAUAUCCAAAUAAAAAAAUUAUAUACUUUUUGGAUUUAAAAAUGGAUAUAUUAGAGUAUAUGAAUUAAAAAAAAAAGGAAGUGUAUUAAAAAAUUAAAACUAUUAUUUAUAUAAAUUAAUAAAAAUAAGGAUAUUGUUAUUAAUCCUAUAUCUCUUAUCUAAGGACCUGAAUAAAUAAAUUGUGUUUACUUUUCUUUAAAACAUAGAGAAAUAUAUACUAAUUGUGUCAAUAAUCUAUUAAUAUUAAGUUCUUCUCAUAAUUAACCAAUUUAUAGUAUUAAUGCUCAUAAAGAAUUAUUAAAUAAAAUGAGAUAUGCGGAAGAUAGAUAAAUAUUCGUUACUUGUAGUAAAGAUUAAAGCG